UCCUGCUUAUCUAUGAAAUGCAUUUGACACAUCAGCUGGACCUAUUUCCCGAAUGCCGGGUGACCCUUCUCUUAUUUAAAGAUGUAAAAAAUGCUGGCGACUUGAGAAAAAAGGCCAUGGAAGGCGCCAUUGAUGGUUCAUUAAUAAACCCUACAGUGAUUGUUGAUCCAUUUCAGAUACUUGUAGCAGCAAACAAAGCAGUUCAUCUCUACAAACUGGGAAGAAUGAAGACAAGAACUUUAUCUACUGAAAUUAUCUUCAACCUUUCUCCAAAUAACAAUAUUUCAGAGGCUUUGAAAAAAUUUGGUAUCUCAGCAAAUGACACUUCAAUUCUAAUUGUUUACAUUGAAGAGGGAGAGAAACAAAUAAAUCAAGAACAUCUAGUAUCUCAAGUAGAAGGUCAUCAGGUUUCUCUGGAAAAUCUUCCCGAAAUAACAAAUAUUACAGAAGUCAAAAAGAUAUAUAAGCUGUCUUCACAAGAAGAAAAUAUUGGGACUUUAUUAGAUGGUAUCAUUUGUAGAAUGUCAACAAAAGAUGUUUUAUGAAAUAUCAGAAAUAUUAAAAUUUUUAGCAUUUUUUUAAAGAAACAUUGAGUU